UGUGCGUCUGACGCGCGCUUAUAGUGCGGGCUCCGCAGCUCAGCUGUGGAGUUGCCCGAGAGCGACAGCGGCGUGCUGCGAUCGGGCGCGAUGACAUCGAAAAGUAUUCGUCGGCGCUUUCGCUUGAUUGUCUUGUUAACGCUCGCCGUACUGCCGGAGCAUGGUGCACAGGCCUAUCGACCGGUCGCGCUCAUUCACGGCGUCCUCACGGGCAGCGACAGCAUGGAGAUGAUCUCCAAUCGAAUACAAGACAUGCACCCAGGAACUGACACGUACAACACCGUAAGAUUCAAAGGCUGGAGCAGUUUGGAGCCGAUGUGGCGUCAAGUGGAGGAGAUCGGCAACGACAUCAUAGCGAUAGGUGCGACCUACCCGGAAGGCAUUAAUUUGAUCGGUUACAGCCAAGGUGGACUUUUGGCUAGGGCCAUACUGCAGAGAUUUCCCGAGCACAACGUCAAGAAUUUCAUCUCGCUGAGCUCGCCUCAAGCCGGCCAGUAUGGAACGAAAUUCUUGCACUUGAUAUUCCCGAACUUGGUUUGCGAAACGGCUUACGAGCUGUUUUAUUCGAGAGUCGGACAGCACACCAGCGUGGGAAAUUAUUGGAAUGAUCCUCAUCAUCAAGAGUUGUAUUACAAUUACAGCAGAUUUUUGCCAUUCAUCAAUAAUGAAAAAGUCACCUCGAAUACCACGUCUUUCAAGGAGGGCUUAACUAAACUUGACAAAAUGGUACUCAUUGGGGGACCCGACGACGGUGUCAUCACCCCCUGGCAAUCUAGUCAUUUUGGUUACUACGAUAAAAACGAGACAGUUGUCGAAUUACGCGAUCGAGUCGAGUAUAAGAACGACUUGAUUGGCUUGAAGACGCUCGACAAGCGAAACAAGCUUGUUAUUCAUACGGUGCCAGGAAUCCCGCAUUUUAUGUGGCAUCAGAACAUGACCAUAGUCGAUCAAUACAUCUUGCCGUAUCUAGAUUAAUAGUUGUCAAUU